CGGCCGCAUCCUUUCCGUCGUCCACCCACAACCGCCAUCGAGGAGCUCAGCACUCGAAUCCUCGUCGCACACACCAAGGCCUCUUCAUCAUCCCUUCGCCGUCUGGUCGCGCGGAUGCAGCGCCAUUGACGACCAGCCUGGCAUCGGCUGCGAUGAUGACGACGGCAACGCCCGCCGCCUCCGACCAAACGGUGGGAGGAAGCGGCGGCGGCGGCACCAGCAGCAGCACCACCACCACCAAGGACGAGCAGCCAUCCACGUCCAUGACGGCGGCGAAAGCAUCAUCCCCUCCUACACCAGCAACAGCAGCAACAGCAUCAACGUCAACACUAGCAAUAUCAUCAUCGUCGUCGUCGUCGUCGUCUUCAGCACCAGCAAUAGCAGCGCCAGAGCCAGAGAUCUCGGCACCCUUGGCAUUGAAUGAAUGCCUAGCUCCAGUCGUAUCGACACCUCUUGCUGAGCCCAAAGAAGAGCUCAACGAGGAGCAUGCGAGGCUACUCGCCUCAUUUGCAGCCGGUCAUGGACUCGAUCUCGGCCCUGUAGCCUCCUCCUCAUCUGUCCCAGCAGCCGCGAUGCAGACACCACUGCAGCAGCAGCAGAUGCUCAAGAAGGAAGACGACGACGACGACGACGAUGACGCUUGGGGCAAUGCUUUCUCAUCAGAUGAGGGCGCUCACCCCAUGCAAGCGCCACAAGGCCCCAUCCAAGCCUACGCCAAGAUCGACUUCCCCGGCUUCUCCAUCUACAUCCAGACGCUCGAGGUCACCAUCGGCAGACGACCAGCCAAGCUCAAGCAGGCCCACUCGAUGGCCCAACCACGAGCCAUCGAUGGAAGCAGCAGGGUGGCAGGCGAUGUCGAUAUCGAUCUGGGAAACGUCAAGUCUAUCUCGCGAUGCCAUGCCGUCAUCUACUUCCACGCUGGACCAUUUCAUCCGAUGCCCUACCCUUCUGGAGCGCCUGCUGGACCUAUGUUCCGUGGUUUCGAGUCGUAUGGACCCUACUGGCGCGAGUCACAUCAGCAGCUACGUGAUCUCUUUGUCAUCCGCAUAGAGGGCAAGCAUGGAGCAAUGGUUGACGAUGUCUACAUCAGGCAAGGCGGCGUUGUUCAGCUGAGCAAGAGGACCAAAAUUCAGAUUGCAGAGCGAGUCUUCUACUUUGUCUUGCCACCCAAUGUUGGACCCGGGGGACAUGCAGCAAUGAUGAAGGAGCUGGGCUCGCUCUCGCCAUCCGAGGACGACAGUGACAGCGAGAGCGAAGAAGACUCAUCAGAGGCCGAGGACUCGUCGGAGCUAUCAGAGGUAGAUAGCGAUGCAGCCAAUGCGGACCCAUCCGGAUCAGGAGGGGCAAAGAAGCGCAGACCAAAGCUCAUUCUCAAACGGCGCAAGAGCAAGGCACAGGCAGAUGGCAUGGACGUCGACUCAGAUCACGAGAGCGGGGGCGAAGGAUCAACGAGCAAGAAAAGCAAACACUCGUCCAAGGGCAAAUCCAAAGGUAUGCCGAGCUGGACACAGGGUGUUGGGGUUGCCAAUCGGAAAAGAAAACGCGGCGAUGCACCGUCAGAAGACGAGCAGCCGGAGGCUUUGGCCGUUGGUACGCCAAUCGGCAUUGAAGCUUUGGAGGCGGAAAAGCGGGCAAAGGCGGCCAAGAAGCGGUUGCUCAAGGCGCAAGAGAUGCGGGCGCAAGCGCAAGACGAUCCGAGCAAGGCCGAGGAAGCGGCGAGACUGGAGGCUGCAGUAGAGGAGGAAGCAGCCGGAGUAGAAAUCAAUGGCAAGGGUAAAGGCAAAGGAAAGGGCAAAGGCAAAGGCAAGAUACCAGGCAAGUCGUACGCCACCAAAUCGGUGCCGGCGCCGGCAGCAGCUGCGGGAGAGCCGGCGCCCAGCGGUGCAGAGACGCCAGCUACGUCGGUUGGUGCGACUACCACCGCGAGCAAUACACCUGCUGCUCCAGAAGGCGAACAGAAGAAGGAGAGCGGAGAAGUGGCCGCAGCGAACGCAGCUGCAGCACUAGAGCCGGCAAAUGGCCCAGCAAGCCAGCCUGCACCGGCUCCUCCUGCUGUACCGCCGGUGCCCGCCGAGCCACCUCCGCCGCCGCCACCGGCAGAGAAACCUGCCCUCUCCAACGUCGAGCUCAUUACCAUGGCCCUCGCCUCGCCCGAAGCGCAGUCUAAUGAGGGCAAGAUGACCCUGUUCGAGAUUUACGCCUGGCUGGAGAAGCGCUACGCCUGGUUCCGCGAGAAUGGCAAGCAUAACGAAAAGGAUUGGCAGUCUACAUUGCGCCACGCCAUUGCCUCGAGCAGGGACUUUGCCAAGAUCCCUCGCAAAGCUCACGAUAAGCAGGGCAAGGGGCAAUUCUACACGAUGGCCAAGAGCAGAUUGGCGAUUGAGCAUCAGGCCGAGGUUACGAGGUUGAGGGCUGAGGCGCAGAAGAAGGCUAGGGCGUCCCUAGAGGCGAGGGCACAGCAGGAAGCAGCGCAGGCUAUUGCGAAUGGGUUGACUCCAGAGGCUAUUGCGAAUGGUUUGGCCGGUAUCGCGCAGGCAUCGAGCGCGGCGCCUCUGCCCGUUUCAACGCCGAGCGCAGCUUCUCCCCCGGCUCAGAGUCCGGCUGCAACUGCCGCUCCCCCUGCAUCGGCAUCUGCGACGCCAGGCGUAUCAGCUUCAGCCGCCCAGGCAUCGCCAUCAAUGCCAGCGCCGAGGCCAGUGGCUCCAGCAGCCACUACGAUGGCCCCGUCAGCGAUGCCGUCACCAGCUCCGGUGAUAGCAAGACCAGCAGCGGCAGCGCCCCCUCCUACAGUGAGGCCACCAGUCAGCUCAGCCCCUACAUCACGGCCUCCUCCGCCAACCUCCACGCCACAAGUACGGCCAGGUCCAUCUACUGGUCCUCCUACCACGCCGUAUCGCCCUCCUGUGCCGACAUCGAUGCCCGCUCGACCACCGCCUUCGAUGCCUCGUCCACCGUUGCAGGUCAGACCGCCAGCAACAGCUACGCGACCGCCUCCACCACCCCCGCCCCCAGCAGCCGCCGGCAGCGCAACCAGCGGCAGUCCUGCCCCUCCGGCAAAGACGCCCACUCCAGGACCUUCCACUCCCAAGGCAGGCUCGCCCUCGACGCCUGGUGGCACGCCCAAACCAGUCGCUUGCGUACCCCUAGUCAUUGGCGCGCCACCUCCAGGCGCCGUGCUACCGAAGAAGGCAAAAGCAGCCGCAGGCUCAGUAGAGGCUCUGCUGGAUGCAGCGCCAAUCGUGCAUCACGACGGCAAGCUCUUCCUCUCUCCACCCGUUUUCGGUCAUCUCAGUCAGCAGCAGCUUUCCGAGAUCGAGAGAAUGGGUCCGCAGAAGGCUUUGCAGACACUACAAGGCUUGCUUGUUGAGCACCUCAAGUUCAAGGUACGGCAGCAGCAGCUCUCGCAGGGGAGAAAGAGCUCAUCCGCUAGCCCGGGGCCAACGUCAGCUGGUGGUGCAAGCCCUUCGCCUGCUCCGAGACCGCCGAUGGGUCGGCCACCUGCUCCAGGGGCGAGCACCCCUCGACCGGCAAUGCCGGCAGCCGCGGGUUCGCCUUCGUCACGACCGAUACCGACCCAGAUCCGUCCGCCUAUGCAAUCGUCUCGUCCAGCGAUGCCACCGGCACGGCCUGGUGCACCACGCCCGCCCAAUGCGAUCCGUCCACCAACAGCCAAUACGGCGACAACCAUUCGACCACCGAAUGCUCCCCCUCGCCCAGGUCAGGUAGCAGGUGGUGUGCGACCCCCCGCGACCACAAUGCGCCCACCGUACCCUCCAGGUGCAGGUCGUCCCUCAGCACCUCGCCCAGCGAUGCCAGGCAAUCGGCCCCCUCCACCCCCCGUCAAUCGCCUAGGCGGAGGCGGCAGUGGAGCACUUGCUGCCAGUCCACCCCCACCUGGUAGCCCAUUGGCAGCGCUGCACUCUCUGUCCUCUCAUCCGGAGGCUGCGGGUUUAAUCGCUGCGCUGAGGCAGCAAAGCCAGAGUGGUGAACCGCACAAGUUGCCGCAGCUGACGCCGGGGCAGAUCCAGCUGCUACAGAUGGCAAAUGCGAUCGCGGGUCAAGGGGCGGGACCCGCGCGUCCGCCGGGGGCACGGCCUCCCACGAGUACACUGGGCUCUGGAGCUGGUGCAGUCAGACCAGGAAUGGGAAGGCCGGCUGGUGCGGGACCGUCUCCUACGCCUCCGCCUGGUGGAGCUAUGCCUUCGCCGAGACCAACGAUGGGUGCGCCGAUGCCUCCGAGACCUGCGGGUGCUACUGCAUCUCCACGGCCAGCGGCAGGAGCAGCGGGCUCGCCACCGCCGGCUCGACCAGGUAUGGGAGCAGGCUCACCGACGCCAACGCCUCGCCCAAGGCUAGCAGCAGGCUCUCCCUCUCCAGGGCCGCAGGUGGUCCGCCCACCAGGUAGCAGCAGUUCUCCACGUCCUCCAACAGGCGUGCCCUCAACUCGUCCACGACCGCCAUUGCCACCUCCUCCGCCUUCGAGUAACGCCACACGGCCGCGUCCCCCUCCUGGGCCAUUGCCUGCUGUAAGACCGGCUUAUGCACCCACAGGACCUGCCGGCUCGCCGACUCAGGGCGCAAUCGGGGUGGUUCGACCGCCAGGAGUGGGCAGCGGUGCACCGCGGCCGCCCAUGCCUCGCAUACCACCACCGACGAUCAGGCCGCCGACAGCAUCUGCGUCUGCUGCUCAAACAGGGAGCCCAUCACCUCGGCCAUUGCCGGCCGCGGCGCCUGCUUCGACAGGUACUCCGUCGCCUAGGCCACCGCCUGCAGCACCAUCUGGCACCGCGGCGUCGACUACGGCGGCACCAGCAUCGAGCGCAAUCGCGACUCCAUCUGCUCCUACUUCGGCGCCUCCUCUGGCCCAAGCAUCGCCUGCUCCUUCAGCGACGGCAUCUCCAGCGCCAGUGGCCGCAUCAGCGGCAUCAUCUACGCCAGCUCAAGCUACUGUCCCCACGCAAGCAGCAGCACCUCCCCCUCCAGCCACGAGCGCAGCAGUAUCUAGCCCUCCCCCUCCACCACCGCCCGACAACCCACCGCCAGCCCUUUCUCCUCCUCCUCCCCCUCCACCACCUCCCGCUGGCUCUCCGCCGCCGCCUCCUCCGCCUGUACCGGCAGCUGAGCCCGCCUCGUCUGACAGAGCGGGAGCAGAGCCUCAGCCGUCGUCGUAGGCGCUUACGCAUCGCAUUGGCAAGCCACGCAUCUCUAAAUGGGGACGCUCUUACGGUAGUGAAACAUUCGCUCUUUGCUCGCUUUCCUCGCCUCAUUCUGUUUGUAAUACUAUGCAGAUUCAGCCAG